AGCUAAAAUUAGAAACAGAGUGGAGUCCUACGUUGUAAUGGCACUAAAAGUGGAAGUUUAUGCGAAAGAGAGUGUGAAGCCACAUUCCCCCACUCCUGAAUCCUUGAGAAUCUAUAAACUUUCUCUCAUCGAUCAAAUGUUUUGCCAUUUUUACAUGCCUGUUGUCUUCUUCUUCGCCGGCGGUUUAAAUUUGAGUUUCUCAGGAUUGAUUUUGGGGGGCCGGUGUGGAUGGGGCCCGGAAACGACUUGGAAGACGUGGUCCUGAUAUUGGACACGCCCGAUGGGGGCAUAGAGGCAUGGAUUGGGCUUCCUCCGGUUAUCAUGAAUCACUUGGACCAUGACCCAAACUUUCUUGCCCACGUCUCUCUAGCCCAAACUGUCUCUGGGCCGGAGUCUGCACCUCCACUUUCCAUACCCGCGUGCAGCUAUAUGAUCGAGUUCCGACUUCCGAGUUCCUAUACCAAGGUUUUAGAUCUUUUAGUGUUGUAUUUUUCUACUCCCUUUGUCCGAUUUAGAUUUUCAAAAUUUCCUACUUCGUCCGAAGUAAUUUUCCAUUUUCUAUUUUAGGUUUUUUAUUGGAAGAUCUAUCUUUAAUAGUUCUUGUGCAAGUAAACUUUUGCAAAUCAAAUUGGGAUGAAGGAAGUAUAUGAAUUAUGGUCAAUAAAAAAUCAAAUCAAAACUGGUCCGAUUUGGUCCUGUUUUGGAGAAACCAAAACAGGUUUUGAAGGUUACCCAAACCAGAUUUGAUUUGGAAUAAGAAAAAGGGCUUUUACUAUGGUGGUGCGACUGGUGUGUUAUUGUGGUGAUGCAACAAUGUCAAUAAUAUUACUCCAUUGCAUAUCAAUUCAUUUUUAC